AUGUUCUACUCCGUAAUGCUCGCUUUCUUCUGCGUGGCGAUCGCCUGCGCCGUCCGAUUCGCGGCUGAGCGGCGGGAGCGACUGAAGCAGCACGCUCGCCGCUGCACCGUCGUCCGGCGGGCGCCGCCGGCCACCACGCCAGCACCUGCACUGCGUGAGAGUGCGAGUUGCGCAACUGAGGAUCCUGCGGCCGCGGGCGUGCAGGAGCUGCGCACGCCGGCAGCGGGCCUCGGCGCCUCGACUCGGCAUGCCGGCCACACGCCGUGGCUGGGCUCACGGCCGCCGAGCGCCAAUGGCGUCCUCUUCUCGCCGACGACACCCUUCCCGCUCCCGCCCGCGUCUGGAGCGGCCGCGCAGUCAUCGGCUUCGACGAGCGGCGCCCUGCUGCCCGGCGCGCCGUCGCUACCGCUGCCGCCUCCGCCGCGGCACGCGGCUCAGGAGAGCGAUGCUUUUGGCUCCGGCGCAGGCUGCUGCGGUGGCGCGCCGCGCGCCUCGCUCGACGCCGCCUCGCCGAUGGACAUGGACACUGAGGAGGCGUCUCCGGCAAACGGCCACCAGGCAAGCGGCGAGCUGACGGCCACAGCCCGGGGCGAGGAGGGGCACGCGGUGCACCUAUGCGACGUGCUCGCGCAGUACCACACCUCCUCGAGCGGCGCGCCGCCGGCCGCCUCCUCCUUCCGCUGUGUCUCGCAGACCGGCGCCAAGGGACCGAGGUCGGCAGCCGACCCCGACCCCGACGGCGGAGGACGAGACGGCGGAGGAGGCGUGAGUGCAGGAGGCGUGAGUGCUCCGCCGCCCGCGAGCAAGCGGGCGCGCUUCCUCGUCCUCGAGCGGUGCACGCCGCCGUCCCCCUCCCCGCCGCCGGGGUCGGGGUCGGGCGCGCCGGCACCUGCAGCGGGUGGGUUUGGGGCGCCGGUUGCCCCCGCCCCAGCCACGCCUUCGCUCUUCGGCGGCGGCGCUCCCGCGGCUUCGCCGUUUGGCGCUGCAGCACCGGCAGCGCCCGCUUUCGGCGCCGCAGCGCCGGCUGCUCCCGCUUUUGGCGCGAGCGCGAGCGGCGCGGCGUCGACUACUUUCGGGGGAUCUGCAUUUGCCAACGGCGCUUCGGCCACGCCGGCGACCACUUUCGGGUUCGGUGGCGCCGCGGCCGGCGCAACGCCGGCGGCGCCAGCUUUUGGCGCGGCUAGUGGCGGCGCGGCGGCACCGACCUUUGGUGCGGGCGCGCCGCCCGCGUUUGGGCCCGCGACCACGGCCGUCCCCGCGGCGGGCAACCCCUUUGCGAUCGGGGCGAGCGAGACUGCGGGCCGCAGUAAGGCGCGGACGGCGCGGAAGCCUCUCCGCAAGCCGCGUUGA